GUCAUCGACGAACUCCAGAAUCCGGAACCAGCCCUAAAUGCCAAUGAGGUGCAACAAACAGCUCUAGAGACGCAAACGGUGCCAUACACGGUUCCCCCAGCCCCCAGCAUGCCCACUCCUCACAAAUUCAGGACCCUCCUCCUGCAGGCCCGGCCCAGCCAGAGUCCUCCCCACAGUGUCAAUGAGGACAGUGCCUGCUGGCCCAAGUGGGGAAGGGAUAUAGAGCGCAUGGCAGUGGCACCAGCUGCACCUGGCACCACGGACGAUGCCACAGUCCUAAGGAUGAAAGGUUACAUCAUGGGCAUUACUCUUGGAGUUGGUUCAUACGCAAAAGUCAAAUCUGCCUGCUCUGAGCGCCUCAAGCGCAACACGGUGGUCAAGAUCAUCGACCGCAGGAAAGCCCCCACCGACUUCUUGGGGAAAUUCCUUCCCUGGGAAAUCGAGAUUCUGCCCAGGCUGAACCACCGCUCCAUCGUCAAGACUUACGAGAUCUUUGAAACGGCAGAUGGCAGGGUCUACACCGUCAUGGAGCUCGCAGUCCAGGGAGACCUCCUCCAGCUCGUCCAAACCCGGGGAGCCCUGCCCGAGGACGAGGCCCGCGACAAGUUCCACCAGCUCUCCUCAGCCAUCAAGUACUGCCACGACCUGAACGUCGUCCACCGCGAUCUCAAGUUGGAGAAUGUCCUCCUCGACGAGAGCUUCAACAUCAAGCUGUCCGACUUCGGCUUCUCCAAGUGCUGCCUGAGGGAUGAUGGUGGGCGGCUGACCCUGAGCAAGACCUUCUGCGGGUCAGCGGCUUACGCAGCACCCGAGGUGCUGGAGGCCGUCCCCUACCAGCCCAAGGUGUGCGACAUCUGGAGCCUGGGCGUGAUCCUCUACGUCAUGGUCUGUGGCGCCAUGCCUUACGAUGACUCCAACAUCAAGAGGAUGCUGCGCCUCCAGAAGGAGCAC